GAGGGAGCACUUGUGGACUCUCAGAGGUUAUGCCUCAGAGGUUAUUACAGUUCCUUUUUCAAGGAUGAGAAGACUUGAUACUUCCUGGUCAAACGCAGGUGCUUUUGACCUUGGACCCUGGGAACUACAGCUCCCCCUGCUGGCCGCUGCCUGCCAGAGUUGAUAACAAGACAUCCAGCCUCCUCGUUCACCCACACUCUUUGCUUCCAUUAUGAAGAUGAGCAGCUUCUCUGCGCUCCCCGUGAUCUUCCUCCUGCUCUGCUUCCACACGGCACAGCCGGGACCCCGCAAGGCCGUCCAGAAACCUGGAUAUUGCCCAGAAUUUUUUCUUUCCUGCCCUUUCGUCCUUUUACCUAUGUGCCGACGCGAUAGAGGGUGCAAGGGGACCAAGAAGUGUUGUUUCUACAACUGUAGGCGUCAGUGUAUGGAUCCCUGGGUAUCGUUGGAGUGAGGUAGAAACCUCUCUUUACAGGUUUCUUGAGAAGGCUUGAGAAGACGUGGGGGAGUCCAGGCUCAGACUUGGAUGACUGAUCUCCAGUGCUUCCCUGCUUGCCUCAUUCCACAAGACUUCUUUUUAUCAAGAGUUGAAUGCUUCUCGAUAUGAAAAUGCCACAAAGAAAUAAAGUGUUCUCUAUUUAAAACUAC